AUGGCGCUCAACUUAGUAGUCAAGGUUCAUCCUGUAGUUUUAUUUCAAAUUGUUGAUGCUUACGAGCGACGAAAUGCAGAUUCUCAUCGUGUUAUCGGCACUUUAUUGGGCACAUCGGACAAAGGUGUGGUGGAAGUGACAAAUUGCUUUUGCGUACCUCACAAGGAGCAUGCCGAUCAGGUCGAAGCUGAACUCAACUACGCCAUGGACGUUUAUGAGCUGAACAGAAGAGUAAAUGCUUCUGAAAACAUCGUUGGAUGGUGGGCCACUGGCAAUGAGGUGACGAACCACUCGUCGGUGAUUCACGAGUACUACUCGCGCGAGUGUCGCGAGCCGGUGCACGUGACGCUGGACACGUCGCUGGCUGGUGCGCGCAUGGGGCUGCGCGCUUACGUGUGCGUGCCGUUGGGCGUGCCGCGCGGCAAGCAGGGCGUCAUGUUCACGCCCAUCGACGUCACGCUCAUCUGCUACGAGCCAGAGAUUGUGGGUCUACAACUGUGUCAGAAAACAAUGGCGCCAAACGGUCGGUCGCGCCAGGUGCAACCCAUGUUAGAUCUGGCACAAGUCGCUGAGGCCGCUUCCAAACUCUCGGGACUUCUUGAUCAGGUGCUGCAGUACGUGGAGGACGUGCUGGCGGAGCGCGCGGCGCCGCACAACGCGGCCGGCCGCGAACUGCUGGAGCUGGCGCACUCGCUCCCCAGCCUGGCCGCCGAUGCGCUGGCCGCAGCCUUCGCCUCCAGCGUCAAGGACCUGCUCAUGGUAAGUGAGUGCAAGUUGCAGCAGCGGCUGCUGCAGCUGGCACACUCGCUGCCCAGCCUGGAUGCCGACGCGCUGGCCGCAGCCGUCGCUUCCAGCGUUAAGGACCUGCUCAUGGUACGUGAGUGCACGUUGCAGCUGUGGCUGCUGCAGCUGGCGCACUCGCUGCCCAGCCUGGAAGCCGACGCGCUGGCCGCAGCCUUCGCCUGCAGCGUCAAGGACCUGCUCAUGGUACGCGAGUGUACUUUGCAGCUGCGGCUGCUGCAGCUGGCGCACUUGCUGCCCAGCCUGGCCGCCGACGCGCUGGCCGCAGCCUUCGCCUCCAGCGUCAAGGACCUGCUCAUGGUACAUGAGUGCAAGUUGCAGCAGCGGCUGCUGCAGCUGGCGCACUCGCUGCCCACCCUGGCCGCCGACGCGCUGGCCGCUGCCUUCGCCUGCAGCGUCAAGGACCUGCUCAUGGUACGCGAGUGUACUUUGCAGUUGCGGCUGCUGCAGCUGGCGCACUCGCUGCCCACCCUGGACGCCGACGCGCUGGCCGCAGCCUUCGCCUCCAGCGUCAAGGACCUGCUCAUGGUGCAUGAGUGCACGUUGCAGCUGCGGCUGCUGCAGCUGGCGCACUCGCUCCCCACCCUGGCCGCCGACGCGCUGGCCGCAGCCUUCGCCUACAGCGUCAAGGACCUGUUCAUGGUACGCGAGUGUACUUUGCAGCUGCGGCUGCUGCAGCUGGCGCACUCGCUGCCCACCCUGGUCGCCGACGCGCUGGCCGCUGCCUUCGCCUACAGCGUCAAGGCCCUGCUCAUGGUACAUGAGUGCACGUUGCAGUUGUGGCUGCUGCAGCUGGCGCACUCGCUGCCCAGCCUGGAAGCCGACGCGCUGGCCGCAGCCUUCGCCUCCAGCGUCAAGGACCUGCUCAUGGUACAUGAGUGCACGUUGCAGUUGUGGCUGCUGCAGCUGGCGCACUCGCUGCCCAGCCUGGCCGCCGACGCGCUGGCCGCAGCCUUCGCCUCCAGCGUCAAGGACCUGCUCAUGGUACGCGAGUGGACUUUGCAGCUGCGGCUGCUGCAGCUGGCGCACUCGCUGCCCACCCUGGUCGCCGACGCGCUGGCCGCUGCCUUCGCCUUCAGCGUCAAGGCCCUGCUCAUGGUACAUGAGUGCACGUUGCAGCUGCGGCUGCUGCAGCUGGCGCACUCGCUGCCCACCCUGGACGCCGACGCGCUGGCCGCAGCCUUCGCCUCCAGCGUCAAGGACCUGCUCAUGGUACGUGAGUGCACGUUGCAGCUGUGGCUGCUGCAGCUGGCGCACUCGCUCCCCACCCUGGCCGCCGACGCGCUGGCCGCAGCCUUCGCCUCCAGCGUCAAGGACCUGCUCAUGGUACAUGAGUGCAAGUUGCAGCAGCGGCUGCUGCAGCUGGCGCACUCGCUGCCCAGCCUGGAUGCCGACGCGCUGGCCGCAGCCUUCGCUUCCAGCGUCAAGGACCUGCUCAUGGUACAUGAGUGCACGUUGCAGCUGUGGCUGCUGCAGCUGGCGCACUCGCUGCCCAGCCUGGACGCCGACGCGCUGGCCGCAGCCUUCGCUUCCAGCGUUAAGGACCUGUUCAUGGUACAUGAGUGCACGUUGCAGCUGUGGCUGCUGCAGCUGGCGCACUCGCUGCCCAGCCUGGAAGCCGACGCGCUGGCCGCAGCCUUCGCUUCCAGCGUCAAGGACCUGCUCAUGGUGACCGUUAAGGACCUGCUCAUGGUACAUGAGUGCACGUUGCAGCUGUGGCUGCUGCAGCUGGCGCACUCGCUGCCCAGCCUGGAAGCCGACGCGCUGGCCGCAGCCUUCGCUUCCAGCGUUAAGGACCUGCUCAUGGUACAUGAGUGCACGUUGCAGCUGUGGCUGCUGCAGCUGGCGCACUCGCUGCCCAGCCUGGAUGCCGACGCGCUGGCCGCAGCCUUCGCUUCCAGCGUCAAGGACCUGCUCAUGGUACGUGAGUGCACGUUGCAGCUGUGGCUGCUGCAGUUGGCGCACUCGCUGCCCAGCCUGGAAGCCGACGCGCUGGCCGCAGCCUUCGCCUACAGCGUCAAGGACCUGUUCAUGGUGCAUGAGUGCACUUUGCAGCUGCGGCUGCUGCAGCUGGCGCACUUGCUGCCCACCCUGGUCGCCGACGCGCUGGCCGCAGCCUUCGCCUACAGCGUCAAGGACCUGUUCAUGGUGCAUGAGUGCACGUUGCAGCUGCGGCUGCUGCAGCUGGCGCACUCGCUGCUCACCCUGGUCGCCGACGCGCUGGCCGCAGCCUUCGCUUACAGCGUCAAGGACCUGUUCAUGGUGCAUGAGUGCACGUUGCAGCUGUGGCUGCUGCAGUUGGCGCACUCGCUGCCCAGCCUGGCCGCCGACGCGCUGGCCGCAGCCUUCGCCUCCAGCGUCAAGGACCUGCUCAUGGUGGUGACCUUGGCGCAGUUAAUUAAGACUCAGCUGCAGCUGAACGAGAAGCUCACCUUGCUCACGUCCCAAUGA